AUGGAAUCAGCGACGGUUGUUAUGUAUCCUUCUCCGGGGAGAGGCCACCUGGUUUCCAUGGUGGAGCUCGGAAAACUCAUCCUCAACCACCAUCCUUUUGUCUCUCUCGUCAUCCUCAUCACUCCGCCACCUUUUGAAACCGGCCCCACAGAAAAAUACAUCAAAACCGUCUCUGCCACCGUCCCUUCCAUCACGUUCCACCACUUCCCGAUCAUCGCUAUUCCACCAGGCUUCUCUUCUGAUAUCAUCCGCCUUAAUUUCGCUAUCCAUGAGCUUUACGACCCUAUUUUGCACAACACACUCGUAGCCAUCACGGAGAAAUCCACCAUUAAAGCUGUGAUCCUUGAUUUCUUUACGAACGCAGCUUUCCAAGUCUGUAAAAACCUCGACUUACCCACUUACUACUUCUACACAGGUGGCGCUUCCGGCCUCUGUUCGUUCUUACAUCUCCCCACCAUCGACAACAUCACCUCCGGCUCCAUUAAAGAUCAAAAUCUUGUGUUUGAUAUUCCUGGAGUACCUCCAAUCCAUUCUUCCCAUUUUCCCGCAGGUUUCGUUGAUAAAAACAGACCCGCCUACAAAGACUUCAUAAACACAGCCAGAACCAUGGCAAAAUCCACCGGCAUCAUUGCAAACACCUUUCUUGGGUUCGAAAAAAGAGCUGUUGACGCUCUCCGGGAUGGUAAAUGCACCCCCGAAGGUCAAACUCCACCAACUUAUUUCAUUGGACCUUUGAUCGCUGAUGACAAUGAAGUGGAUCCUAGUGAAAACGAGUGCUUAAAAUGGUUGAACUCACAACCAAUUAAAAGUCUAGUGUUUUUAUCCUUCGGGAGUGUGGGUGUUUUCAAGAAAAGGCAGGUGAAAGAAAUAGCGAUGUUAGAGAGUAGCAAGCAAAGAUUUUUGUGGGUGGUGCGAUCACCACCCGAUGAUGAAAGUGUGUCGAAUUCCGGUGGUAAUAAAGAGCUCGAUGUUGAUGCUAUUUUUCCAGAAGGGUUUAUCGCGAGGACUAGGGAUAUGGGACUGGUGGUGAAAAAUUGGGCACCGCAGCUGGCGAUACUUGGUCAUGAAUCGGUGGGUGGAUUUGUGAGUCAUUGUGGGUGGAACUCGACGCUUGAAGCGGUGGUAAAUGGGGUGCCAAUGGUUGCAUGGCCAUUGUACGCGGAGCAGAAGAUGAAUAGGGUGUAUUUAGUUGAAGAAAUGAAGGUGGCACUCGCUUUGGAUAUUGAGCCAGAUGGGUUUGUAACUGCGAUGGCUGUGGAGGAGAAGGUGAAGGAGUUGAUGGAGGGUGAAGAAGGGAGAAUAGUAAGGGAACAGGUUUUAGAGAUGAGUCGAAGGGCAAAAGCUGCGACGGCAGACGGUGGCUCCUACCGUGUCGAGUUCAAAAUUUUAUGUGAUUCAUGGAUCACCAUGUAG